GCAGCGCGUGCAGAGCAGAUCAACAGCGUCCAACAAAACAAACAAAACAAGAAGCACAGCGGAAAUGCGCUUCCAAAUCGUACGCACGGUGCGCAUGACGCACCGCGCCGCCGCGCAGCUGGGCAGCGUUUUUGCGCCACGGCGCGCCGCCGCGGGACCGCAAACGGUCGCUGCCGCCAACAAGCUCUGGCGCAGAAACUGUGCGUCCGACGCUGCGUACCGCCGAGCCUUCACCUCAGCCCGGGACCAACCCGACGGGUUUUGGGGGGAAGUGGGUGAGGAGAUCAAGUGGUUCGAACCCUGGACGAAAACUUUGCAGGCGGAAGAUCCUGCGUUCCCGAACUGGUUUGUGGGCGGCAAGUUGAACAUGUGCUACAACGCUGUGGAUCUCCACGUGGAGAGCGGCCGUGGUGAGCAGCCGGCCAUCAUUCAUGACAGUCCGGUCACCGGAAAGAAAGAGGUCAUCACCUUCAGAGAACUUAAGGACCAGGUGUCGCGGCUGGCUGGCGUGCUGGUGAAGCAUGGUGUGCAGAAAGGAGACAUCGUGGUCAUUUACAUGCCCAUGGUGCCCCAGGCCAUGUUCACCAUGCUGGCCUGCGCGCGUCUUGGUGCGCCGCACAGCCUCAUCUUUGGCGGCUUUGCUUCCAAAGAGCUUUCUGUGCGCAUUGAUCAUGCCAAGCCCAAGCUGAUGGUUACGGCGUCAUUCGGCAUCGAGCCAGGAAGAAGGGUUGAGUACAUCCCUCUGGUGGAGAAGGCCUUGGAGUUGAGCUCUCACAAACCCUCUAAAGUUCUCAUCUACAACAGGCCCAACAUGGAGAAGGUGUCUUUGCAUCCAGAGUUGAGUCUGGACUGGGAAGAAGAGAUGGCGAAUGCUCAGCCACAUGACUGUGUGCCUGUUCCAUCAGACCAUCCUCUGUAUGUCCUCUAUACCUCUGGGACAACUGGAACACCGAAGGGUGUCGUGCGGGACACUGGCGGCUACGCCGUGGUGCUGAAAUGGACCAUGUCAAAUAUUUAUGGACUCAGUCCUGGAGAUGUUUGGUGGGCGGCGUCAGAUCUGGGUUGGGUGGUUGGACAUUCGUACAUCUGCUACGCCCCUCUGCUCCACGGUAACAGCACCAUCCUGUAUGAGGGUAAGCCUGUGGGAACUCCAGAUCCUGGAGCGUACUUCCGUGUACUAUCCGAACACGGAGCCUCGUCCAUGUUUACAGCACCGACUGCUAUCCGAGCCAUUCGCCAGCAAGACCCCAGCGCUGCAGUCGGAAAGAAAUACCCACUCCACAGGUUGCGGACUUUAUUUGUGGCCGGUGAGCGUUGCGAUUUGGACACGUUGGAGUGGGCCAAGAAGAACUUUGGUGUUCCUGUCCUGGAUCACUGGUGGCAGACUGAAACUGGCUCAGCCAUUAGCUGCACCUGUGUUGGUCUCGGGAACUCUCUUUGGCCACCUGCAGGGCAGGCUGGGAAACCUGUUCCAGGUUACAAUGUCACCGUGAUUGAUGAUAACAUGAACGAGGUGUCGCCGAAAACCCUGGGAAAUAUUGUGGUGAGGCUUCCUUUACCACCUGGUGCUGCGUUGUCACUGUGGCAGAACCGCGAUCUGUUCAGGAAGCUUUACUUCACCAAGUUCCCAGGUUACUAUGACACCAUGGACGCCGGCUUUAUGGACGAGGAGGGUUUCAUUUACAUUAUGUCGCGUUCUGAUGAUGUCAUCAACGUGGCCGGCCACAGGCUGUCCACGGGAGCGCUGGAGGAGGCUGUGAUGCAGCACCCGGCGGUGAGCGACUGCGCCGUGGUCGGCUUAGAGGAUCCUGUGAAGGGUCACGUCCCGUUGGCUCUGUGUGUCCUCAAGAAUGGUGUGGAGAGGAAGGAGGAGGACAUCGUUAAAGAGGCAGUGAAGCUCGUCCGGGAGGCGAUCGGCCCGGUCGCUGCCUUCAGAAGAAUGUUUUUUGUUCAGGUUCUGCCCAAGACGCGCUCAGGGAAAAUCCCUCGAUCCACGUUGGCGAAUCUAGUCAACGGCAAACCUUAUAAGAUCUCACCAACCAUCGAGGACCCGGCCGUGUUCCAAGACAUCGAGCGGCAGAUAGGAAAAACUCUGAGAGCUCACACGGACUGACACUCCGAAA